ACACACACACACACACACUCUCUCUCACUCAUACACACACUGUCAGGGCUGAAUGUCAGUCUUCUCUUUGUUGAAACUUCACACUGGACACAGCUACACGUCUUUUAUUCUUCUAUAAUUCAAAGGAUUGUUUCAUGGCUUCACUCUGAGGAAAAACUCAUUUGGUGUCGGAAACCCGAGAGGCCAGGAAGGAUAAACGCUUCACUUCCUGCGUCUGUCAUGCACCGCUGGACCAUGCUCACUAAUCACGCAUUACGGUCCACCCCAUCAAGUUUGAGCAAAGCUGUUCAAAAACAGCAAUGUCGUCAAAAAUGCAGAUCUCCAGCAGCAUAGCUCAGACCAGGCGGACGGUUCAGCAGCUGAGGAUAGAGGCUAGCAUUGAGAGGAUAAAGGUGUCUAAAGCCUCGUCCGACCUCAUGCGCUACUGUGGAGAACAUGCCAAGAAUGACCCGCUGCUAAUGGGCAUCCCUGCCUCUGAAAACCCUUUCAAGGACAAGAAGCCUUGCACUGUUUUGUAGGGGAGCUGAGCUGAACUCCUGCUGCUUGUCCUUUUUGAUGUUUGUUUGGAGAAGAUCUGAUAGUAAUACUGUUCGCUUCUUGCCUUAAGGCCAGCGUAUCCCUAUUCAUUUUUCCCAUGCCUGCUGCAGUUGAUAAGGAAUUGAUUCAGUCAGAUAGCAGCUACACCAAAGAAACAGGUGGAAAUAUGAAGCUGUGACCUCUGAUCAGAACUUUAGCUCAAACAAAGGUGAAUACAAGUUUGAA